AUGUCCACAAACGUGUCCUUCGUGUCCUGUCACGCCGCCGUGAAACAAAACCCUCUGAAACGUAAACGCGACGACGAGAUAUCUGAUGAGAUUCAUGAGAAAAUCGUCCGCAUCAUGGCUAUGCACAAAGAAGAAGACGAGCCGUCUCCACCAUCUUGGGCGAUUCUCUGCCUUGUUGGGCCUUACAUGGAGCCUGAGACUCUAGCCACAGCCUCUUGCGUCUCCACCACGUGGUCCAAGUGCUUCUCCUCGGAACAUCUUUGGAAGUCUCUACUAGCCACACGUCAUUCUGCUUUCUUCAAAGUCGUCACCACCAAGGAGGAAGCUAAGCCGGCCUGGCUAUCGUACAAGCGCCUAACAUCUGAAGCUGAAUCUGCCUCAAAACGCCGCCGCAACAACCAACCCGCGAAGCCAAGGAUCUCUCUCUCCGACCUCCUUUUCAUCGUCCACGUGUCAGCUGGAUCAACGGAAGCAGUGGUUGUGAAGCAGGGGAAGGAUCUUGCUUUCGGCUCCAACGAGCGGUUCAAAAUCGAAGCUGACGUAAGCGACUCGGGGCUCACCGCUGAUAUGAAAGACGUGAGAAUGUCGUGGAGCGUCGCAUUGAGGAAUUACGAAAGAAUCUUCCUGAUAUCGGAUACUGUGGUGAAGUCGCUAGAUUCUAAGAUUGGAUGGUUCACCGAUGAACUCCCGGCGACAAGAAACCGCUACUGCGACGGCAGCAACCUGGUCGGAGACGUGAAGCCAAGUUUCAAAGAGGAGGUUCUUGAUAAAGUCGUAUUCGGGAUGGCAGAUUCACGCAACUGGAAAUCUCUGUUUGUUGACGAUGUCUUGAGAUACCUCCAAUGUUUUCUUCUCGACUAAAAGUUUUCGAGUGUAGUAGAUUGUUACGCAAGUUACAAGUUUCCAGUAGAAAGUAGAUUACUUAGUGUUUUCUUUUUCCUUGCUUUAGUUUUCA